UUUCCUUGAACUUGUUUUUUAGGAAAUAGAUCCUUAAGAUUGAAAAAUUUCUGGUAUGUAAGAUGCAAAUACUCAUCAGUAUUCGCAUGUGUGUGUGAACUGGCAGGACAGUCAAAACAAAUACAGCCAUAGAAGGCGCCCUUACAGUAAGUUUAAUCAAUAACAUGAAAAGUCACUCAGAGUAAUUCAGUUGGUAGGACGCAAUGGACGAAUACGAUAUCCCAGUGCCGAUUACCAAUGAUUUAGAGAGGCGAGUCGCCGAUGCAUUUCUCAUAUUCGACCACCACGGGAACAAAACGGUAGAUGUGCGAGAAAUCGGGACCAUACUAAGGUUUCUUGGUUGUGUACCGACGGAAGAUGAAAUAAACGAAAUCAUCUCAGCAACGGAAUUCGAAGAUUCAAAUGGGACGAUUCACCUAUCAAAAUUUUUACCACACGUUUGCCAAUUACUCCUUGAAAGGAAAAUGGAACCAGCUUCACCGGAAAAACUGUUAGAGGCUUUCCAUGUUCUAGAUCCGGAGGAAAAGGGAUUUCUUACAAAAGAGGAACUUUCGACAGCUAUGAUGGAAGAAGGGGAGCCUUUCACUCAGGAGGAAAUUGAUGAAAUGAUGGCUAUUGCAGUCGACCCUCAAACAGGAGUCAUUCCAUAUGAAUAUUAUUUAAAUCAGUUGAUGCACCGGCCGGCUGAUUCUGUAUAUGAAUUAGCUGCCAAAAUUGAAGGCGAAAAACCAGUGGUGGCGCCUCCCCGAAGAUUCUCCGAUAUGCUUAAGCAUGCUUCCAGUCUAUUGGGACCCAACCCGAACCCUUCAUGACUGCACAUUCUAAAGAAAAAUAUAUAUUUUUUACUUAUUUUGGCAAAUGUCAAUGUUUAAGGUGUAUCUUUGAACGGUGUGCUAUUUGCGAAUGUCCUGUGUAAUGGUAAAUGAAAAUAAUGGGUCAGUGACUUCCGGAAAUUGAGUGUCGCAGAUUAGUUACGAGUAGAUGACAGAAGUCACUACAGAGCUCCAGUAAGUAGAAGUAAAUCCCGAUUUUGUAUGAAUAAAUUAGUAGAACGUUGAAUAAAG